AUGCCGUCCGACGCCCUGUCGCCGCCGGCGUUCGGCCCCUUCGAGCGACACCUGCACAGGCUGUGUCACAGCGCGCCAGGCCCCGACCUGCUGCCCUACAGCGCCUGGCAGAAGGCUCCGCUCGGCGCAGAGAUUUUGUACGAGAGCCUCCAGUGGGUCCUGGAGGGCCACUCGCUCUUGUACGGGUUUAACUUCCUCACAGGGGUGUUCAUUCCGAAAGGGGAGGACUGGCUGUUCAUGGUUUUGCAACGCCUGAACCUUCCUGGACCGCUCAUGGCCUUUCUUCGGUUUCUGUACCAGGACGUCGUCUGCGUCGGCUCGAUCGGUGGCCACACCAGCGUGCUUUUUCAGGUGCUCAGUGGCAUCAUCCAAGGCUGCCCCGCCAGUGUCUCCCUCUUCGCUUGGGGCAUGGACCCAUUCAUUGGCUCGUUCCGCCUGCUGAUUGAGGACGCUGGCCGCGACGUAUUUCGCGCAUGUGCUGAUGAUGCGGGAGCGGUACUUAGGAGCCUGGAGUCCCUCCCUUUCCUCGCCGACGUUUUCGGGGACGCCCAGAAGCUCGCCCACCUCACCCUUAAAGUCCCCAAAUGCAAGCUGGUGCCCCUGGCGGGCCCCUACACUGAUGGGCUCAAACGUAUGUGCGAGACCCGCGUCGCCUCCCUCACUCCCAGGUGGACCUCGAUCGACGUUGUUCCGAUGGUGAAGUAUCUUGGGAUGUGGAUCGGCCCUGGAGUCACUCCUGAGACCUCCUUGAAGAGCCCGUUCGAGAAAUUCCUGGAUCGUUCGAAAAGCAUCGGCCGCUCUGGAGCCCCGACAUCGACAGCUGCUUCGCUUUAUGCUGUACGGGCGGCCACCACGCUGUCCUAUGUCGGCCAGUUUCAG